AUGGAAUAUAAAGAUGAUAAAUUUAAAAAAAAAAGAAGGAAAAAUAACGAACGUUUUGCUGCUGUAAUCUGUGGUCACUGGAAUUUCAAUUCCAAUAAGGGAAUCGCGAUUAAGGCGGCGGCGGCGUGUUUAAUUUAUUUAUACAAAAUUGAGGCCUACAGCAAAGAAUUUAGCGCCUUCCUUGAGAGGCGUCAUGUGGUAUCUAAUAUAGAGAAUCUUGGUCAAUCAUCUCAAAGGACCACCACCACCACCCACACAGCUAUUACCGAACCAGGAACUCAGAUGUCACAUGUUGUAAAUGCUGAACAUGCAUCUCCAGCUCCUAAUUUAGGAACAUUAUCAUCAGUUGUCAUGCAUUCACCAUUAACCACUGCAUUAGCCGGUGGUAAUAACAGUAGUAGCCUUAGUCCAAGUCCAACCACACAAUCAGUACAAUCAAAAUCAACAGAGGGACAUUCACAAAUAUUGACAAGGCCUAGGUUACAAGAUUUAGUUAGGGAAGUCGAUGCGACAGAACAAUUAGAUGACGAAGUGGAAGAAUUACUUCUUCAACUGGCGGAUGAUUUUGUCGAAAGCACAGUCAAUGCAGCUUGUGUUUUCGCCAAACACAGGCAUGCAAACACAGUGGAUAUAAAAGAUGUUCAAUUGCAUUUGGAAAGAAAUUGGAACAUGUCCAUUCCAGGUUUUGGAACAGAUGAUUUAAGGCCUUAUAAGAGAGCAACUGUUACUGAAGCACACAAACAGAGAAUGGCUCUAAUAAGAAAAACAUUAAAAAAAUAUUAA